UAUGUGUAUAUCCCGACUCUAUUCCCUCUUCUGACGAGGAGAACUUCUGUGAACCACGACGCUGGCUUUGUUUUCGUCGUUAGGACAAAGGACGCCAUUAACAUAUUGAAAUGGUACGUUCUGUGCGCAUUGGAGAAGGACUGCAUGGCACCUCCUAGAGCGCAGCUGAAAUGUACUUUUAAGGACCCGUUCACGCACUACGCUGGGUGCCACAGAUAUGAUCAAUCCGUAAUAAAUCUUCUACUUGCGAAUUCCUUCGGAUACAAUUCCAAGAACUAUGUUAGCAUUCUGGGACCAGAAGGCGCCACUGUAAACCGUACCGCUUCGAACUCGUUAACACCAAAGGAUUUCUCAUGUAAUCUCACAGCUUAA